GGGCGGGGCCAGCGGCGCAUUAGCGCCUUGUCAAUUCGGCUGCUCAGACUUGCUCCGGCCUCCGCGUCCGCGCCCAGCGACGUGCGGGCUGCCCGACCCGCGCCCUCCCGCGCCCGGUCCACUCCUCGCGCCCCGCGCCGCCGCCGCCGCAGCCACCGCCCGCCGCGCUCCCCAGGCAGCGCCGGCCCCAUGCCCGCCGGCCGCCCGGGCCCCGCCGCCCAAUCCGCGCGGCGGCCGCCGCCGCUGCUGCCGCUGCUGCUGCUCUGCGUCCUCGGGGUGCCGCGAGCUGGAUCAGGAGCCCACACCGCAGUGAUCAGCCCUCAGGACCCCACGCUCCUCAUCGGCUCCUCCCUGCAAGCCACGUGCUCGCUGCACGGGGACCCUCCUGGGACCACGGCCGAGGGUCUCUACUGGACCCUCAACGGGCGUCGCCUGCCCCCUGAGCUCUCCCGGGUGCUUAAUGCCUCCACCCUGGCCCUUGUUCUGGCCAACCUCAACGGGUCCAGACAGCAGUCUGGGGACAACCUUGUGUGCCACGCCCGCGACGGCAGCAUCCUAGCUGGCUCCUGCCUCUAUGUUGGCUUGCCCCCAGAGAAGCCCUUCAACAUCAGCUGCUGGUCCAAGAACAUGAAGGACCUCACGUGCCGCUGGACUCCAGGGGCCCACGGGGAAACUUUCCUUCACACCAACUACUCCCUCAAGUACAAGCUGAGGUGGUACGGGCAGGACAACACGUGUGAGGAGUACCACACAGUGGGCCCUCACUCCUGCCACAUCCCCAAGGACCUGGCUCUCUUUACACCCUAUGAGAUCUGGGUGGAGGCCACCAAUCGCCUGGGCUCAGCGCGCUCUGAUGUGCUCACGCUGGACAUCCUGGACGUGGUGACCACGGACCCCCCACCUGACGUGCAUGUGAGCCGAGUUGGGGGGCUGGAGGACCAGCUGAGCGUGCGCUGGGUCUCACCGCCAGCUCUCAAGGAUUUUCUCUUCCAAGCCAAGUACCAGAUCCGCUACCGCGUGGAGGACAGCGUGGACUGGAAGGUGGUAGAUGACGUGAGCAAUCAGACCUCCUGCCGUCUGGCGGGGCUGAAGCCAGGCACCGUGUACUUCGUGCAAGUGCGCUGCAACCCCUUUGGCAUCUAUGGCUCCAAGAAGGCGGGGAUAUGGAGUGAAUGGAGCCACCCCACAGCCGCCUCCACGCCCCGCAGCGAGCGCCCGGGCCCCGGCGGCGGCGCGUGCGAGCCGCGGGGUGGCGAGCCGAGCUCGGGGCCGGUGCGGCGCGAGCUCAAGCAGUUCCUGGGUUGGCUCAAGAAGCACGCGUACUGCUCGAACCUUAGCUUCCGCCUCUACGACCAGUGGCGAGCCUGGAUGCAGAAGUCGCACAAGACCCGCAACCAGGACGAGGGGAUCCUGCCCUCGGGCAGACGGGGCGCGGCGAGAGGUCCUGCCAGAUAAACUCUAGGGAUGGGGCUACCUUCCUGGCCAAGUGGAGACCCAGAGGCUGAACUCAAACUGGGGCCACCUUUGUACUCUCACCUUAGGGCACCUGAGCACCAUCAGCAGGAGCUGGGGCAGGUGCUCUGAGCUCGGACAGCUCUGGCCCCCCUGUCAGGCCACCCUUGGGUGCACCUCCGGUGUUAUGUUGGGACAUGAGCUGGUUGAGCUACCAGAACCCCUACAGGGCUGGGAGUAAAGAGAAGUCAUUACUUUUGCUCCCCAGUAAC